GAUCCACCAGAGCCUCGCCAACCUCGCCAAUGCGGAGAACCCUCUUCACGCCGACUUUACCCUACCGCAGUUUGACGUCAGCGAUGUUCCUGGCCUGAGCGACCACAAUGGCGCCGGCGUGGAUCUCUCACACGGGCUUGUUGGAGACCUGCAGGCUGACCUUUCGGCGCACCUCCACGACGACCUCUCACAUGGCCUCUCGCAAGACUUGUCAAAUUCCCUGUCUCAUGACAUCAGCGCAGACUUGAAAUACGAGCUGCCGCCAGAUUUGAUGGCCCAGAUCCACGUUCCCACCGUUACGACAGACUUGCAGUCCUCCAUCCCGGCGCAGGCGCACAUCCCCACGCCAGACCUGCUUCCCUCCGAGCCAGCCAAAAUUGAGCCAACCCACAACGACUCUUCUACCGCUAGCGACGGGAGCCUGAAGCGCUCGGCACCCCACGAUGAGGAGGAUGAGGGCUGGGAGACUGUAGACCGAAGGUCAAAGAAACUCAAGAAGCCAAAGAAGGUGCCUCCCAAGGACUCGUCGAAUUACCCGUCCAUCACAUUCAACUACAACGCGAAAUUACAGUCCAAGAUCGCACUUGACCACCUCCGGAAUCUGAUCCUGUACAUCUUCGCCGAAGGUGUGGCGCCGCAGUGGGUGUCAAUAUCUCACCGGCCACAGUUCCGCAAGCUGGUCGCCAUCAUGGUGCCUGGGCUCGAGGAGGCGAUGUUCAAGCAGGACGUAGACUUCUCAACGUAUAACGAUGUAGCCGCGAAUGUGGGCCAAUCGCGGGUACUCACGUCCCCUGACGAUUACUACCCACGGCUUCUGAAAAAGGACGAGCUUCCUGACAUUCUCAAAGACUUUGCGGACAUGUUCCCACACCUCUGGCCUGUCAGGACACCGGGCAGCGAGAAGUUCGGCACGAUGCGUUCACCUAUGGGCACAAUGCUCACAGCACCAGCGGAGCAGUCAAAGGAAGACAAACGCGCCAAGGGUGUCCAGCAUGCCAAAGAGCCCAGAGGGUGGAAAGAUGACAGGACACGGGUCACCGAGUUCCUGACAAUGGCGGAGGACUUUCAGUCGAACGGCUACGUCUUGCAUCCGGCCUGCCUACCGGCAGACCGGAGGCAAGAUUUCCAGCCAUUACCUGGGUGGGUGUACACAAGGAUCAACAGCUUGGAAGACGGCGAUGUGCCCGAGGAGCACAUUCAGCAAGGAAGCAUCACUGCGGGCAGGACAAUCCUCGCGCUCGACUGUGAAAUGUGUGUCACCGGACCGGACGAGUACUCCCUCACGAGGAUCAGUCUUGUGAAUUGGGACGGCUCUAUCGUCAUGGACGAGCUAGUCAAGCCAGACAAGCCCAUCAUCGACUAUGUCACGCGGUUUUCUGGCAUCACAGAAGAGAUGCUUGCACCAGUCACAACCACUUUGGUAGACAUCCAAACGAAGCUUCUCGACAUAUUACAUCAGCACACCAUCUUAAUAGGGCACUCGCUGGAUUCGGAUCUCAAGGCUCUGAGGCUGUCACAUCCUUUUGUCAUCGACACCGCCAUUAUAUACCCCCACGCCAGAGGACCGCCACUGAAGAACAGCCUCAAAUUCCUUACUCAGCGAUUCCUGAAGCGUGAGAUCCAAAAGGGUGCCGCCGGCCACGACUCGGUUGAGGACGCCAAGGCGUGCCUGGACCUGGUGCGGCAAAAGUGCGAAAAGGGCAAGUCCUGGGGCAACCACGAGUCGCAGGGCGAGAACCUCUUCCGGCGCCUGCACCGCACCGGCAAGGCGUACCGGGCCAAUGGAGGUGCUGACGCGACGGGUGGGAAGGCAGUCGGCAAGACGAGCGCAAUGGUGGACUGGGGCGACCCGAUGAAGGGCGCCGGCGCCGCCAGCACGUUCCCUAUAGGCUGCCAGUCCGACGAAGACGUUGUCAACGGCAUCAGCCGCGCCGUGCAUGGAGAUCCGGUCGCCGAGCGAAUCCCAGCCGGCGGCGUCGACUUUGUCUUUGCCCGGUUCCGUGAGCUUGAGGCCUUCCAGGGGUGGUGGAAUCGCAACCGUGAGAUUGAUGGCACUCCUUCAUCAGCCCUGCAGCCACCCGACUUUUCGUCAAUGAACGGCAAUGGUAUGACGCUUGAGACGUGCCUCCGCAACCUGGCGGCGCGGAUCAAGCGCGUACACGAUCUUCUCCCCCCUUGUACUGGUUUCAUCGUGUUCAGCGGCUCCGGUGACCCCCGUGAGAUGAGCCGCCUCCAGGCCAUGCAGGCGCAGUUCAAGAAGGAGUACAACACGCCCGGGAAUAAGUGGGACGAACUGACGGUCAAGUGGACGGACCGCGAAGACCAGGCGCUGAAGAAGGCCGUCGGGGUCGCGCGCAACGGCAUUGGCUUUAUCGGUGUAAAAUAAGGUGGCUGGCCCAAAGGCAGAGAACACGAUUAGUAUCUUUGGUGGCUCGUGGCCACAUUGUCAGCCUAUAAUUUAGCAGAACCGAAAACAGAAAGGAUAGGGGGGAGGGGGCAACACAUAUAAAUGUCACAGCCUCGUCGGAACAUGAAAUUUUGCUUACAUGGCGGAAGCAAACCAAAAGUCGGAAAGACGUGGCAGAAGUAAUCCAGAGGAGAGAGAGAGGGAAAAAAAAAAAAAAAA